UGCAAGAUGGCGGCUCACAUCAGGGCUGCAAUUCAACUUAAAGGGGCCGGACACUGUUGGUGACGGUUCAGGACACGCAGAGAUACACGAUGCUCUUCUCCUCCAUUAUUCUCAAGUGCGACUACAGCACCUCGGCUCAGAUCCAGGAUGUGGCCGUCACGUGGAGGUUCAAAUCCUUCUGCAAGGAUCCCAUAUUUGAUUACUACUCUGCAGCCUAUCAGGCAUCGCUGAGUCUCAAUCAAGACCCCGCCAAUGACUGCAAUGACAACCAGCGGGAGGUGAGAAUCGUCAUCCAGAAGCGAGGGCAGAACGAACCAGUGCUGGGCGUGGAUUACAGACAGCGCAAAAUCACCAUUCAGAAUAAGGCCGACCUGGUGAUCAGUGAGGUCAUGUGGUGGGACCAUGGAGUCUAUUUCUGCUCAGUGGAAGCUCAGGGGGACACGUCGGGGGACCCCGAUAAAGAGGUCAAACUGGUUGUGCUGCAUUGGCUGACCGUUCUCUUUAUCAUCCUGGGAGCCUUGUUUCUCUUCCUCCUGAUUGGCAUUUGCUGGUGCCAGUGCUGCCCACACUGCUGCUGCUGUUACGUUCGCUGCCCGUGCUGCCCAACCAGAUGCUGCUGCCCGGAAGAAGCUCUCGCCCGUCACAAUUACAUGAAACAAAUGGAGAGCAUGACCCCUUGGAUGUUAGACAGGCCGUUUUAUGCGGGAGCCGACCGAAACUCCCAGCAUUCCUCUUACCAACUGAAUCCAUUGCUCCAGCGAGACCUUUCACUGCAGAGCAGCCUUCCCAUUCCGGCUCCCAUGAGCUUCUCACCUCCCAACAAUAAAGUCCUGGAUUUUCUGGAGACGGAGAUCAAGAAUCUGAACACGGCGCAGCCCUUGAUGUCCGCUCCCCAUUACGGCGGCGCCAGCCAUCACCCCAGUAUGUUGUCGUCCCUCAGUGAAGUUGGGGUGCGGGAGGUGGAUCGCCGGGUCAUACAGCUUCCUCCAUUGGUCGAACAUAUUGUCAGCUCCCACCGCAGCACUAACUCCUCCCAUCAGCGCAGAAAUAUGGGCUCCUGGGAUCCGCUGGAUGGAGAGAGAGACAGGAGGAGGAACAGACAGCUGGACGAUUCCCUCUCUAAUGAGACUAACUGGAGAGCACAGGAGAGACAGCACAGUGACAGAUCCUCUGGACAUCGGAGAGAUCCACCAAACAACCGCCGCCCAAGAAGAGACGUCUCUCCACCUCGUCGAUAUGGCGACAGUUACAGUGAUGAAUCCGCUAACAAUGACCCCCGAGGUCGUUCCAACCCGCAUUCUGAUAGGGCGAGACAGACGGAGAGGAGAAGGUCUCCAGAAAGAGGAGAUCAAGGGAGGAGAGGAAGCCCUGACAGAUAUUCCAGGUCCCAAAGGCACAGGAGAAGUUACUCCCCUCCCCAUCGACGUGAUUCCUGGAGUUCUGAGGAUGAAACUCGUAAUAACCAACGCGGGAGGGGACGACGCGAACGCUCGUAUGAGUGGCCUGAGGAGAAACCGCCAAGUUAUAAAUCUCUGGAGAUCUGUGCGGGGAAAGCUCCAACCCAACGGCCGGGGGCUGUGAGACAGUCUGACCGGGCAAGUUCCAGAAGUGGGCGGAGCAUGGUGAUUUAAGCAGAAGAUCCAAUAAAUAUCAACUAAUGGAACAUAAUGGGCUCCCGCAGCUCAAAUAUUCUAACUUGAAAGCUGAAAGAAGGGAAAUCGAUAGACACAUUAAACCGCAAUAUUGUCAGUGCCUUUAGGUCCUAUAUCUGUAUAUUUGGAUCAUAACCAGGAUUUAUACAAGUAACUCACUGUCCCACACCAGAUACAUUAACGCCAGGCUUCAGUGUCAUCGCUCACUGGGGAUUUUGGGACCAGUUUAGAUUAAUGACAAUUUAUCUCUGCAACAAGGAAAAAACAUUCAAUUACAAAAUUCAAAUGGUGCCUGGGGUCUUCCUUGUGUUGCACUUACAUUAAAUUUGUAGCUUCAUUGCAUUACACUGAAAGAAAAUACAUUGAUUUUUGUAUUUCCAGGAGAAAUAAACCCACUAAGCCACUUAGGGCCCCUACUCGCCCCCCUCCCCAGCAAGUGCAGCCUCGCCCCCCUCUCCCCAAAAUUAACCAGAACUUCCCACUAUACUCUCUCCUGUUUGUUGAUUCGUUCCAAACAUGGCAGCCAACAAGCCCCCUGCGCAAGGAAGACCAGUACUGGGGAGCAGGGACAUAUUGGGGAGCAGGGACAUAUUGGGGAGCAGUGGCUCAGGAGGUUUAUGUUACAUAUGUAUAAUGAGAAGUAGGAGCAUUGGCUCUUUAUUGUGUAAAUAUAAUCCUAUAUAAUAAAGUCCAAGUGUCUCUGCGUCCAGUCCCUGUGUCCGUGGAAAUGCGCUACUGCGCAUGGGCCCCACGGGUCCGAAGUCUCGCGAGAGCUUGCUGCAGCCCAGCCGGCGCCGCCAUCUUUAUUUUACUGACGCGGGUCACGCUACUUGUGGCUCGAGGUGAGGCGAGAUGUCGUCUUUGUGCUGGAUGGAGGGGAGAAGAUAGUAGGGAGUAGAAAGCAGGUAACGGGGAUGUGAAGUGUUCAGGGCUAUGCUGCUAACCCCCCUCGCCA